UACUUCCGGUGUCCACGUAAGAAUGGGAAAUUUAACCUCCUCCCAUCCAAGGGGUCUGUCCAGCACUGCCUGUUUACAGUACGUUCAGGAUGUGGUGGCACAGAACUGUGUUGUGAUAUUUUCCAAGACCACCUGCCCAUAUUGUAAAAUGGCCAAAAACGUCUUCAACGAAAUUGGCGCAACCUACAAAGUGAUCGAACUGGAUGAGCACAAUGACGGGCGGAGUCUGCAAGAGGCCCUAGCUCAGAUGACCGGUGCCAAGACGGUAAGAAGGACCUCACCUUCUUGUCCGAUUGCUUUCUACCACCCCUAA